GUCCGGCUUAGGUCAUUUUUUAUCACAUUUCUGCUCUGGACUUAUCGAAGCAUUCAGUUAAUUAAGUGCGCAUAACCGGGAGGAGACGCCCAGUGUUUAUUUGCUUGCAUGUGAUUGGUGUGAAAGUGUCAAAUAAGCCCGAGAAUCGGAUCAAUUGAAGAACUCCUGCAUAGCUGUUAAAUUUCUUCUCGCUUAAACAAAGCUCUCCCAUCAUGAAUAACUGCCGAAUUCUAGUCGAUGUCGACUGCAGCCGUUACGAGGACGAUGCCUUCUCGCUGUUGGAUAAAUCGGCCGAAGUUAACGUGGUCAAGGAUCUCAAAUCCUCCACGGUGGCCACCUUCGACCAGACAAGCUUCCCGCAUCUGAACACUUCCUCGCGUACCCAGCUGAAGCAGCAACUGCUGCGGGAGCAGCUUAAAAAUAGUGACAAAAGCCCCUCGCCAAUGUCACCAUCUCCAUCGGUUUUCUCCGUUCAGCUUCCGCUGGAAAACAUGGACAUCGAUUUGCCGAAAAAGGUCCUCCAGGUGGAAACCCGUCUGGAGAAUCCAACCCGCUAUCACGUCAUCCAGAAGCAGAAGACCCAGGUUCGCGAGUACGUCACCGCCGCGCUCAAGCUGACGAAGCAAAACGUCCUCCGGGAAGCCACCCACUCGCGCAUGCUGAUCCUAGCGAAGCUGUACGAUUCGUUUAUUGGCAACAAACCGGCGAGCGGAGCGACGCCAAAUCGACCAACAACGCCGUCGGCGACGGCAACCCAGGCUGCGGCCACGGUCGAGCAGCAGCAGGAAUGGCGACUGGAGAUGAAGCUGGCGUCACGGUUUGGCAACAAAAUCUACCAGACGUUCAUUGACGAGUUCGACUACAUCCGGGACUUGCUGUGCCAGAUUCGGUUCGAAAUUCCCAAGUGGGUCUUCGUGGUGACCGAAUUCGAGGGCGAGAUUUCCUCUUUUCAGAGUGCGAAAGCUGCGGCUGGUGUUGAGGAACUGCUGCUGAAGCAGUCGCUUAGCAGCGAGAAGAACUCCAAGCACGAGAAGUUUAUCGAACCGGAGGUUCGCGAUCGGAUCAAGAAGGAUAACCAUAACUGCAGUAUGUAUCGGUGGGUGGGGAAGGGCUAGGCUCGUGGCGUUGAGCUACCCGCUUGUGAUAUAACGUACGAUGGAUUGUAAAGAGGCUAGAGUCCCGUUUCGAAAAUGCACAUCGAAAUGAUUUCACUCACUGCUUGUUUUUAGUUGAUUCAUUAUUUUUGUUUAACACAAUAAAGAAGCUCAUUGCUUCUAAAUUCCUUCCAAGUUUCUUCCAAAUUUCUUUCCAAGUUUUUCUAGCAGGUCUAGGGUUGGCCAGUACUGGGAAUCGUUGUACGGAAU